AGGCCGCUGCUCCCGCAGAGGGCGCGGGGGGCGGGCCCGGCACCGCCCCCCGACGCCGGCAGGGCCGGCUCUCCAAGAUGGCGUGGGCACCGCCUCCGUCGGCGGCCCAGCUGUACAGGCCCAACCGCUUCGUCUCGCUGCCCGCCGAGCUCGACCCCGCCACCUACGACACAUCGCCGGAGAAGCUCCGCGCCGAGACCGAACGCCUGGCGAUCCGCUCCCGGCUCAAGCGGCAGUACCUGCUGCAGCUCAACGACCCCAGCGCGCCCGCCGUCAUCGAAAAUCCCGCCUUGGUCCGCUGGGCCUAUGCGAAGUCACAGAACGUCUACCCUACUUUCCGCCCGACACCCAAGACGUCCUUUCUAGGAGCUGUUUAUGGGUUAGGCCCCCUCCUCUUCUGGAUCUUUGUGUUAAAAGCUGACAGGGAUCGUAAAGAGAAGCGUAUCCAAGAAGGUAAACUCAAGCGAUCACCAUUCAGUGUAUUCUUCUAAGUCCCUGGAAUUGCAGUGAUGUUCUUGGGAUAUAAAUAAAAUAAGAUGCAUUAUGUGAUGACAUUUCUUUGUCACAAGAAUAAAUCUUAAUUGCUUGUU